AGCAAUCAUGUGACAGCCAAUUCGGUCCAAUUUCAACCUUGUCUCCAUGAAUUCAAUAGUUUAAUAGUAGCGCGGUCCCCAUACGGCUGUAAUCAGUGAAUUAGAAAAAAAACACCCCAGCAGCGAUCUUCUAUGAUAGAUUUUUUUUUCCCUCUGCUCUCGCCUUUUUCCUGGGCCUUGCCCCCCCAAAGCCCCUCCAGAAGAGGGAACUUUUUCUCCGAGGGGGCUCCAAGGAGAAGGCCAUGAAUUACGAAUUUGAGCGAGAGAUUGGUUUUAUCAAUAGCCAGCCGUCGCUCGCUGAGUGCCUGACAUCUUUUCCCCCUGUCGCUGAUACAUUUCAAAGUUCAUCAAUCAAGACCUCGACGCUUUCACACUCGACACUGAUUCCUCCUCCUUUUGAGCAGACCAUUCCCAGCCUGAACCCGGGCAGUCACCCUCGCCACGGCGCUGGCGGCCGCCCCAAGCCGAGCCCCGCGGGCAGCCGCGGCAGUCCAGUGCCCGCCGGCGCCCUGCAGCCGCCUGAGUACCCCUGGAUGAAGGAGAAGAAGGCGGCCAAGAAAACCGCGCUGCCGCCCGCCUCUGCCGCCGCCGCCGCCGCCGCCGCCGCCACCGGCCCUGCCUGCCCCGCAGAAUCCCUGGAAAUCGCCGAUGGCAGCGGCGGGGGCUCGCGGCGCCUGAGAACUGCUUACACCAACACGCAGCUUUUAGAGCUGGAAAAAGAAUUUCAUUUCAACAAGUACCUUUGCAGACCCCGAAGGGUGGAAAUUGCAGCACUGCUGGAUUUGACUGAGAGACAAGUGAAAGUGUGGUUUCAGAACCGGAGGAUGAAGCACAAGAGGCAGACCCAGUGCAAGGAGAACCAAAACAGUGAAGGAAAAUUUAAAAGCCUGGAAGACUCUGAGAAAGUGGAGGAGGACGAGGAGGAGAAGUCGCUCUUUGAGCAAGCCCUCAGCGUCUCCGGGGCCCUUCUGGAGAGGGAAGGUUACACUUUUCAGCAAAAUGCCCUCUCUCAGCAGCAGGCUCCCAAUGGACACAAUGGCGACUCCCAAAGUUUCCCAGUUUCGCCUCUAACCAGCAAUGAGAAAAAUCUGAAACAUUUUCAGCACCAGUCACCCACUGUUUCUAACUGCUUGUCAACAAUGGGCCAGAACUGUGGCUCUGGCCUAAACAAUGACAGUCCCGAGGCCCUCGAGGUCCCCUCUUUGCAGGACUUUAACGUUUUUUCCACAGAUUCCUGCCUGCAGCUUUCAGAUGCUGUCUCGCCCAGUUUGCCAGGUUCCCUGGACAGUCCCGUAGAUAUUUCAGCUGACAGCUUUGACUUUUUUACAGACACACUCACCACAAUCGACUUGCAGCAUCUGAAUUACUAAAAACAUUAAAGCAAAACAAAGCAUCACAAAACAAAAACCCCUUUGACCAGGUGGUUUGGCCUUCUUUUAUUCUGAGAGAGUUGAUUUUUAUUUUCUUUUCUUCUUGACCUACCCUCUCUGUCCUCUAAAUGUGGAAGAUUUUCUGUUUAGUGAGUCUCCUGGUCCAGUUUCAGAGCCAUCUUUUACAGAUUAUUUUGGAGUUUUAGUUGUUCUAAAUUGAAUCCAACUACCCUCUAUGUGAUUUUCUGAAAGCAAUAUAUGAGGCCUGCAAGAAAGUGAUCAUAUAAUUGUAUCUUCACUUUCUUUUUAUUUUUGUAUUACCUUAGGAUGCAUUGUCAUGAGUAUUUUUGGUAGAAUAAAUUCUCCUUUGCUAUAAGUAGCUUUCUUAUUUUUUUUUCUUCCCCCCCUCUUUCUCAAGGCUCAUAACGGUUUCUUUUUCUUCCUUUAGUCUAACUUGGUAAAUAAAAUUCUGGUCACAAUUCAUCUUCUUUUUUCAAUUUUAAUAUAUUUAUUAAGGGGGCAUGUUCAAAGUCUUCAAUAGACACUAACGAAAAGAAAGCCAGAAAAUGGUUAGGACUUCCAAGAAGUAUUUUUCUUUUUCUUUUUUUUCUUUCUUUUUAAAGGGAAUGGAUUUGGUUUUUUAGUGUAGAGGUUCAAGCCAUAGAUUUAAAUUGGUAGUAGAAGUGGGAUUGGGCAGCCUCAGAGUUGGGCCAAGCCCAAGCCUUUGAAAGUGGAGAAAUAAAGUGCCUACAGGAACCCCAACUCCAAGAAGGAGAAACAUGGAGUUCUUUAACAAGCUACCAGUCUUCAGGUCAAUAACUAAGUUAACAACAAUUCAUUUAUUUAUACACAUUUGUUUCAAACAUCUACAUUACAACCCCUCCCCCACAAUCCCGGAAACAUUUUCAGUGUGGUUGAUUAGUCUCCCAGCUGUUGAUGGGUCCAGGCAAACAGACCUAAAAGGUAGAGAAAAACAAAAACAAAACAAAACAAUGGUUACUGGCUGGAAAAUGCACUUCAGAAAGGGUUCUCUCCAAUCCUCUGGUUCAGUCAUUCUAGGAUUCUUUUUUCAGGGAUAGAAAAAUCAAUAUUUCAUUCUUAAAUCUGUUUACAUGACAAAUAAUGGAUCAUUAAAGCUGUGAAGUCAGGUUACCAAGUUGAGAUUUAAAAUGGAGAGUUUCUGCGCCCCAGGUUAUAAAUUAACCCAGAUUCUAGAGAGAAGGAGAAAAAGCACUUUAAAUGAAAUAUCAAUAAAAUGUGAUCUAGGGCACGUUACUGGGUUGUUCUGUUUUUUUCCCCCUUCUUACAUAUCCCCAUGCUUUUUUUUUUCCCUCCCUGAGCUCUGCUGUGAUCGCUACUAACUUACCGUGAGAAAACGCAGCCUGUAAGCAACAUGUGCAGGGGGGCGGGUUGAUUUAGGAACCCGGCUCUUAAUAGCUAAGGCUUGGAAGUUACGCUGAAAUCGCGGUCUUUCUCCAUGGGUUUGCACCCUACCUUUCUCCAGCCCCUUGCCCCCUAAAUCCUGGCAGCGGCGGAGGCGUGUGAGGACCCCGGCUGGUCUCCAGCCCCAGGCGCGGAGUUGAGCAGGGCGGCCUGGCUGCAGCCAGGGCUGCGCCGCUGCUGUUUGCGAUUCGUCCUACGCUCAUAAAUCAAACGCUUUCUAUGAAUGAGAAUGUCAUCAAAGAGAUCAAUUGCAGGAACACAUGCACA